AUGGGCCGUCUCCUGGAAGUGAGCUGUAUGCUCCUGCUCAUCCUGACCACCUUCGUGUCUUCAGCCUCCCUCGUUCCUGAGGACUACGCAGCCGACGAGGCCGAGCGCAACACCAACGAUGUGCUGUUCGACGACUAUCGCGGCAAAGGCUGCGUGGACGACAGCGGCUUUGUGUACAAGCUCGGCGAGCGCUUCUUCCCUGGCCACUCAAACUGCCCAUGCGUGUGCACCGAGGAUGGACCUGUGUGCGAUCAGCCUGAGUGCCCCAAAAUCCACCCCAAGUGCAGCAAGGUGGAGCACAAUGGCUGCUGCCCUGAGUGCAAGGAGCUCAAGAACUUUUGCGAGUACAGGAGCAAGACAUACAAAAUACUGGAGGAGUUCAAGGGAGCCCCGGGACAUAAAGCAGCCAGCCACUGCACCGCGGCGCUGGGAGCAGAAGCAAAAGCGAGGCUACAGGCAGAGCCGGCCUCCAUAAGGCCGUCUCCGUGUGAGUGGUGUCGCUGUGAGCCGAACAGCGAGGUGCACUGUGUGGUGGCCGACUGUGCCAUUCCUGAGUGUGUUAACCCGGUGUAUGAGCCGGAGCAGUGCUGCCCCAUAUGUAAAAACGGUCCGAAUUGCUACGCCGGAACGACGAUCAUCCCAGCUGGCAUUGAAGUGAAGGUGGACGACUGCACCAUCUGCCGCUGCCACAGUGGGGACUGGUGGAAGCCGGCGCAGUGUCUAAGGCGCGAGUGUCUCAAUGGCCAGACUUCAUAA